GCAGCUGCAUUAAAGAAAGAGAAAGAAGCACAGAAAAAAGUUCUAAAGAAAGAAAGGAGAACACUUAGAACAACUGUCAAGGAGUAUGAUUUCUUUACAUCAGAAGAGGCAGAAAAAGUCAACAAUAUGGCUGAACUAGAUAAACUAGCGGAACUUCUGGAGUUGACUAAAUUACAGACAUUGAAUGAAGCACUGACCUCUGGAGACAAAGAAAAGGCCAAAAAUGCCUUUGAAUCACAGGUCAAGGCAUUAAAUGAUCAACUUGAAGCAGAAAAGCAAAAACAGCUGGAAGAAAUGACUUCCAAAACAUCUGGUGAAAAAUCUUCCAAAGGAGGUAAAUCAUGGUCAGAAUCUGAGUUACAGACCUUGAUCAAGGGAGUUAAUGUGUUUCCAGCAGGAACCAAAGAUAGAUGGGAGGUUAUCUCAAAUUUUAUCAAACAACAUGUAACCAGUAGUGAUAAAAAUGCUAAAGAUGUUCUAGCUAAAGCUAAGGAACUUCAGAAAAAUGAUACAACACUGAAGAGUAAGGCUACAGAGCAGGCGUUCCAGAACUUUGAGAAGGAGCAGAAGAAAGCUAAUCAGGCCAAACCUAAGGAAGGUGUACUUAGUGAGAGAGUGGAAUCUGUGGCUGAGCAACAGAUAAGAGAAAUGGGUACCAACCCGGCCCCCUGGACUACAGAUGAGCAGAAAUUGUUAGAACAAGCGCUGAAAACUUACCCUGCCAGUACCCCCGAGAGAUGGGAGAGGAUAGCUGAGGCUGUUCCAACAAGGAGUAAAAAGGAUUGCAUGAAGAGAUAUAAGGAAUUGGUGGAAUUAAUUCGAGCAAAGAAAGCAGCCCAAGAAGCAGCCAAAGCUAAAAAGUGAUCACGGGUGACAAAUAGAAUAGCUUAAAUACUUCUGAUCAGGGGAGGCAAAAAAGCAAACAACAGCUUAAAGACUUCUAGUACAGUUUAAGAAUUCGGAAUAAAUGUGAUUGAAAACUGCAGUUUAUGAAGACAUCCAAUAAAAUAUAUUAAUUAC